AUGAUCUUGACGUCACUCUUCCUGCUGCUGCUUGAAUUGACGAUUGCUCCCUGUUGUGGAGGCGCGCUUGCCACGCGAAUUCCACAUCGCCUGUGCGUGCGCCUCGCCAGACGAGGAGGUGAGAAGGACCUGGAGGCAGCCCCGCGCGGCCCCGGAGAAGCGGUUGCGGCCGAAGAGGCCAGCGCAUGCGGCAGCCUCUCAGGCCAGCCGGCGGGUGGCCGACGGAGUGCGGGCACCCCCCGCGGCGGCGAGACGCGGCCCGCGCGGAGUCCGCCGGGCGGGUGGCCGCCCAGGCCGUGGUCCCGAGGCGGCGCAGCGGCUUGCGGGCCUGUCUUUUUCUCGCGCCCGAGCGGCGUCCAACGACCUGGCG